GUGUAUGACAUUUGGUGCCAGAAGGAAGCUAGGUCAAAACAGCUAACCGAUAAGAGGGAACAACUAGUUUAUAUUAAGAUAUUUUAUUAUUAUUAUUAUUACCCCCUCGUAACCGCUAAACUAACACCUGGACUAGCUUUUCUACCCGUUUACGCUACCACGUUGUAAUGCUGCGUUUUAUCUGAAAACUAGUUUUCUUACUAGAGUUUGUACAGUAGGCUAACGGUUAAAACUAACCUGUACAGUAGAGCCACUCGUGCUCUGGGGUGUCCUUUUAGUUCUAUAACUUAAAACAUAUAGCUUUAGAUCAUUUAUUCUGUUUUGUAUGCCGGCAUGGGUAAAUAGUUGUUGCCGGCUCGGCUAAGAGAGUCAUGUACACAAGGUUAAAGCUAGCUUUAGCCUGCUCCUCACUCGAUUUCCUUUCUAAUGCUGAUUGAUGCAGGCAGGUGUGCUUUAAUAAGCAGGCCAGAGGCAAAGUGGAGUGAAACAUUAGGGAAGUUUUUGUUUCUCUGUGUGUUAAGUGAGUUGUGAGGUGGCAACAUGCUGCUCUCUCUCGUCGUGCACACGUACUCGCUGCGGUACUGGUUUCCGGCCACCGUCAUGCUGGGGACCGCUCCGGCUUACCUGCUCUCGUGGGGGGCCUGGCGCUUCCUUUCCACUCUUUUACCUGCCAGACUUUACCACACGUUAGACGACAGGCUGUACUGCAUCUACCAGAGCAUGGUCCUCUUCUUCUUCGAGAACUACACUGGAGUGGAGAUCAUCAUAUAUGGAGAUAUACCAAAAAACAAAGAGAAUGUAAUCUAUCUGUCCAAUCAUCAGUGUACAGUGGACUGGAUCAUUGCUGACAUGUUGGCGAUAAGACAGAGUGCCCUUGGACACGUCAGAUAUGUUCUUAAAGAUGGACUCAAGUGGCUUCCACUCUACGGAUGGUAUUUCUCUCAGCAUGGGGGGAUCUAUGUAAAACGAAGUGCCAGGUUUAACGAAGAGGCUAUGAAGAAGAAGCUUGUCUCUCAGAAUCAGUCAGGAGCACCAAUGUACCUCGUCAUCUUCCCGGAAGGAACACGCUAUAAUCCCGAGCUCAAGAAUGUUAUCGCCGACAGUCAGGCCUUUGCUACUAAAGAAGGGCUGGCUGUUCUGAGACACACACUAACGCCCCGAAUGAAAGCAUCUCACGUUGCCCUUGAGACCAUGAGCGGCCACUUGGAUGCAGUGUAUGACAUCACGGUGGCCUACCAGGGAACACUCGGUGCCGACCACCAAAGAAAACCAGCGCCUUCAAUGCCGGAAUUCCUGUGCAAAGAAUGUCCAAGAGUCCACAUCCACUUUGAGCGCGUGGAUGUCAAGGAAAUUCCUCUCGAGCCGCUCUUCUUCCGCAGGUGGCUGCACGAGCGCUUUGAAAUCAAGGACCGGCUGCUGGCGGAUUUCUACGAGCGUGACAACGGAGGCAAACUAUGCAGCUUCCCUGGGGAGGGUAGACGUUCCCCCCUGGGGCUCUCCAAAACCCUCCCGGCCGUGCUCGUCUUGGGGGGCCUGACGCUGCCUCUGCUGCUGACCGACACCGGCAGGAAGAUGUACUGGAGAAUCUGGGUGUACGGGACUCUUCUAGGUUGGCUUUGGGUCAAUACGCUUCCUUAACACACGCCUGACGAUGUGCAAAAGCGAUGCCAUGUUUCAGUAUUCCCACACAGGUUGUGUUCCAGAAGCAGUGCUGUGGUACAUACAGUACAAAUACGCAGUCGGUGCGCACGUCCACACCACACACGGCUCACUGUGCUGAAGCCAUGCAAAUAAUUAUUCGUGUUGUGGUACUUUUUGUUUCCUGGAAUUAUCAGGCUUUGGGGAAACAACAGUGGAUUUGUUCAAAAGAAAUUGUAUGAAAUUCCUCAGUCAAGCUAAAAAUAGUCUCAUAACCAACCCACCACCUCCCCUACCCACUUCGCUCUCAUCAGCCAAAUGUGUAUCCUUGCAUGCUCCUUAUUGUUCUAGCAGACAUUGGCCAAUUUCUACCCUUCUUUGGUAGGCAAACUGAAGUCAUUCUUCUAACUGAUAUGAUUCAUGUAGUUCAUGAAAUGUGUUUCAGUAUUCUAUAUGCAAAUUGCCACGUUGCUCAUUGUGCACUUCUGCUGCUCUUUUCGUUGACCAUCCUGUCACUACAGUGGAACCUUUAAAGUCCAACACCAUCUGCUCCUUGACACUGGUCGACCUACAAGAUGUUGUAAUUUCCAAACAAUUAUUGCCCUUAUAGGAAUAAAUGUGAGGAGAGUUUCUUCGUUCAAGACUCGCCAUCAUCAAACUUUUAACCAUACAGCCAAUGUAUUAAGUAAGAUUUUACCCUUCUUUGUUGUCAUAUGUAUAUAAAUAAGCAGAAGUAUAUAGAACUACUAUAUAAUAACAGGGGAAAAAAAUGAAAACAACACAUGCUUUGAAAAAUGGAGUGCAAAUAGGUUGUAUAAUAAGUAUUUAUAUAAUCUGCUCUGUUAAAUUAAUUAGUCUUAGUACUUAGUACUUGGCUUCCUACCACACUCCUUAAAAUGCAUGUUAGGGUCACUGACGACUCUAAACUGUCCAUAUUUGUCAAUGUGACUGGAUGAUUGUCUAUACGUGUCCUGCGAUCGACUGGCGACCAGUCGAGGGUUUACCCUGCCUCUGACUCCGAAGCCAGCUGUGAUAGGUUCCAGCUCACCCUUGACUCUAAUGAGGAUAGGUGCUAUACAAAAUGGAUGGAUGGAUGGAUAUUGGACUUGGUAAGCUAGACACUUUCCUAUGUUGCUCAAAGUCAAGUUUAUUUGUAUAGCACUUAAUCACAAAAGAGUCUCAAAGGGGUUCACAAGCCCAAAGUUGGCAGUGAACGAUGACGUCACCUAAUCUAAAUCUCCCGAGCCUUGUCAUGUUUAUGAACAUGCUCACUCUUUGCCAUUGCUGGUACCCUUCUGUGGCGGCAUCACCCAAAAAUCCUUAUGGAGCUAAUAUUUGAGAUGGUGAAGUUGCACAAAAAUUUCACACCACAUAUUUUCCGGAACAUUUUGUUAAACUCCAAAUUUUUUGACGUUUGGGACGUUCUACUUUUGGGUUCCACUGUACAUUCAAAUGACUUGGUGUGCAACGAAUGCAACAUAAUUGUAAUUUGCGACUGCGGAGGGUUUUAGCCCCCUACCCUGCUGCACCUUUUGCCAUAUAUAUAUAUAUAUAUAUAUAUAUAUAUAUAUAUAUAUUAUGUUGUUUAAAAACUUGAAGAUGACAAGUAAAAAGCAUCAUGAGAAAAUAAAUCUUGUGAAUGCUUGCCAGCACUUAAAUUGUUCCACUAUAGCAGAGUUGCAGAACCUUAGGCCAGUGGGUCAUAUACAAACCCUGAGAACAUCUGGCCCACCAUGCAAAAAAAAAUAAAAAAAUUAAAUAUUCAAAGCUACCUAGCCCUGUGUGGAAAAAGUAAUUGCCCCCCCACCUCACCUCUUGUUAAAUCAUGAAUUAACUGUGGUUCAUCACAUUUUUGGGAAAGCUGAAUUCAUUCACACUGAUGACUGAUUACAUUCAGUCCUGUUCAAGAAAUCCAUCCAUCCAUUUUUCUAACCGCUUUUAAAUAGAACCUGUCUCACAAAAUGAAUUUGGCCAAAAGAUCGCAAAAAGCUGCAGUAAAAUGCUACGAUCCAAAGAAUUUAAAGAACAAAUGAGAAAUACAUUUACAUUGAUCAGUCUGGAAAGGGUUACAAAGCCAUUUCUUAAGCUUUAGAAUUCCAGCGAACCAAGGUGAGAACCAUUAUCCUCGAAUAGAGAAAACAUGGAACAGGGGUAAACCUUCCCAUGAGUGGCCGCCUGACAAAAAUUACCCCAAGAGCACAUCGACGACUCAUCCAGGCGGUCACAAAGGAACCCCAGAUAACAUCUAAAGAAGUGCAAGCCUCCCUUGCCUUACUUAAGAUCAAUGUUCAUGACUCAACAAUAAGGAAAAGACUAGAUAAAAAUGUCAUCCAUGGUAGAGUUCCAAGGUGAAAACCACUGCUGAUAAAUAAAAAAAGCACAUAAAGGCUCACCUUAUUUUGCAAAAAAAAAAAAAAAAAACCUGAAUAAUUCCCAAGACUUUUGGGAGAAAAUUCAAUGAACUGAUGAAAUGAACGAACUUUUUGGAAACUCUGUUUCGUUACAUCUAACGUAAAUGUCACACAGCAUUUCAGAAAGAGAACAUCGUACCGACAGUCAAACAUGGUGGUGGUAGUGUGAUGGUCUGGGCUGCUUGUGACUUAAGACCCUGGACAACUUGCUGCGAUUGAUGGAAACAUACAAUAUAUUCAGCUCUUUACCAGAAAAUCCUGAAGGAAAUGUUCGCCCAUCAGUGUGCGACCUCAAGCUGAAGCACACUUGGAUUCUGCAUCAGGACAAUGAUCCAAAACACAACUUCCUACUUCAGAAUGGCUUAUUUAAAAAAAAAAAAAGUUUUGUAGUGGCCUAGUCAAAGUCGCAUGACCUUAAAACGUUCAUGCUCGAAAUCUCUUCAGUGUUGCUGAAUUAUAACGUCUGCAAGGAAGGGUGUGCCAAAAUACAUCCGUAGAGAUGUGAAAGACUCAUUGUCAGUUACAGAAAACACUUGAUUUUGGUUGUUGCUGCUGAGAAUGGUUUUAGGGGCAAUUAUCACACAGAGCAAGGUAGCGUUGAAUAUUUUUUUCCCCCCAUUAAUAAAUCACUAUUUAAUAGCUCAACUUUAUGUUUACUUGGGUUAUCUUUGUCUGAUAUUUACAUUUUUUGAUGAUCUUAAACAUUAAAGUGGGGAAACAUUGCAAUAUACAGUGGGUAUUAAAAGUAUUCAGACCCCCUUAAAUUUUUUUGUUGGUUAUAUUGCUGCCAUUUGCUAAAACCAUUUAAGUAAAAAAAAAUUUCCUCAAUGUACACACAGCACCCCAUAUUGACAGUGGGGAAAAAAAACGGAAUGGUUGACAUUUUUGCAGAUUAAAGAAGAAAAACUGAAAUAUCACACAGCCGUAAGUAUUCAGACCCUUUGCUCAGUAUUUAGUUGAAGCACCCUUUUGAGCUAAUACAGCCAUGAGUCUUUUUGGGAAUGAUGCAACAAGUUUUUCACACCUGGAUUUGAGGAUCCUCUGCCAUUCCUCCUUGCAGAUCCUCUCCAGUUCUGUCAGGUUGGAUGCUGAAUGUUGAUGGACAGCCUUUUUCAGCUCUCUCCAGAGCUGCUCAAUUGGGUUUAAGACAGGGCUCUGGCUGAGCCAUUCAAGAACAGUCACGUAGUUGUUCUGAAGCCACUCCUUUGUUAUUUUAGCUGUGUGCUUAGGGUCAUAGUCUUGUUGGAAGGCGAACCUUUGACCCAGUCUGAGGUCCCGAGCACUCUGGAGAAGGUUUUCGUCCAGAAUAUCCCUGUACUUGGCCGCAAUCAUCUUUCCUUCGAGUGCCUGGUUUUCGCCACACAUGCCACUUUGAAUUAAGGCCAACAAUUUCUAUCUUGCUCUCAUCAAACCAGAUAAUCUUAUUUCUCACAAUCUUGGAGUCCUUCAGGUGUUUUUUUUUUUUUUUUGCAAACUCCAUGCGGCUUUCAUGUGUCUUGCACUGAGGAGAGGCUUCAGGGCUGCAGUGAUGGUUGGUCGUUCUAGAACUUUCUCCCAUAUCCCAAAUGCAUCUCUGGAGCUCAGCCACAGUGAUCUUUGGGUUCUUCUUUACCUCUCUCACUAAGGCUCUUCUCUCCCAAUUGCUUAGUUUGGCUGGACGCCCAGCUCUAGGAAGGGUUCUGGUACUAAACGUCUUCCAUUUAAGGAUUAUGGAGGCCACUGUGCUCUUAGGAACCUUAAGUGCAGCAGAAUUUUUUUUGUAACCUUGGCCAGAUCUGUGCCUUGCCACAACUCUGUCUCUGAGCUCUUCAGGGAGUUCCUUUGACGACAUGAUUCUCAUUUGCUCUGCAAUGCACUGUGAGCUGUAAGGUCUUAUAUAGACAGGUGUGUGGCUUUCCUCAUCAAGUCCAACCAUUAUAAUCAAACACAGCUGGACCCCAAUGAAGGUGGAGAACCAUCUCAAGGAUGAUCAGAAGAUAUGGACAGCACCCAAGUUAAAUAUGAGUGUCACAGCAAAGGGUCUGAAUACUUAUAUGGCUGUGUGAUAUUUCAGUUUUUCUUUUUUAAUAAAUCUGCAAAAAUUUCAGCAAUUGUUUUUUUUCUCUCUCUCAAUAUGGGGUGCAGGUUGUGUACAUUAAUGAGGAAAAAAAAUAGCUUAAAUUAUUUUAGCAAAUGGUGGAAAUAUAACAGUGAAAAAUUUAAGGGGCUCUGAAUACUUUCCGUACCGUGUGUGUGUGUAUAAUAUCGAGAGAGUUUGAGAAGGGGGCUACUUUUUCACGCCACUGUUCAUAAAUUUAGCAUGGCCCUCAGAGGGCUUUAUAAAUGGUAGGAAAACAUGUUCCCCUUAGUAAAAUAUGGCUUUAAACUAAAAAAAAAAAAGUAAAUUGCUAAACUUGUCUUUGCCACAAUGUACUGUUUUACGUUAAGCAAUAAUUUAACGCCGCCAGCCCUGUUGGUAUGCCAUUUGUCAUGAAUCUGUAUUCAAUUUAUACUUUUAAAUGUUUUUGUUUCCAAGUUACUCCUCACAUAAGAUCUACCUUGCUUAAAGCAAAAAAGCCUACAAAGCCAUGCAAACCCAAAGCCAUUUGUAUUACAGUAUAUACAGUACACAGCUAACCACUGUCUGUGAAUAUUUUUUAUGUUCUACUGUACAUGUGCAUUCUUUCUCCAAAAGUCACUUUGCACAUUUACAGUCUCUGAGUUAGUCGGGAGUCUAUUUUAAGGUAAAUCUCAAAUUUUUACACCGCGCUGCAAUACCUCACUCAGUUCAGUCAUCUUCCUCGUUCUUAUAUGAUCUUUUUCAGAUAUUUUGUAAGAACGUUUAUCCUGUCAGGAAUUGUUUUCUCUAGACCGCAUUUAAAAAUGCCAACUCUUUGUGCAAACGUGUGCCUUCUCUUGGCGGAGCGGGUUCUUGUCCGUCACCCAGAGGACCUCAGUGAGUCUUUGCUGUGUCGACAUCACAGAGGCGUUCAGCGGCCCUCUGCGCUCACAGUCUACACUCAUAGUGGCUUAUUUUGCUCUGUAAUGUGAUACGAUUUGCAGGUUUUGAAUAUAUGCGGAUUGGAUGUGUUGUGGGUUUGGGUAUAUGAGUGAAAUAAAGUGUCCCCCCCCCUUGAA